GGACACGGGUCAAGCCUCCAGUUGUCUGCCAACCACCAAAGAGUCCAUACCCUGCUUCUCUUCUGCUUAUUUACCCCCCAAAAAUAAACUUGGUGGUUCUGGUGGACUUUAAAAAAAAAACACAAGUAUUAUUCUUCGUAGAAAGAGUGACAUGAUUGAGCUGUAAGGAAAAAGUGGUGUCUUCCGCAUCCAGAGGAGAGGGGGAGUUCGAGUCCCCCGCGAGGCGCUCAACAUGGCGUCCCUGCCAACUUUUUCGCAAAGAUGGAGGACUUCCACCUUCGCUCUGGCCGCCUUCGUGAUACUCCUGGCGGCGGUCUCGGAGGCUGGCAAGUCGAAGACCUUCCUCAGGAACAGCUACAGUCCGCAAGACCACCCCUUCGACCGCAACCCGAUGUUUAGAGCGUCCAGCUCGUACAACUCGCGCAAGGGCGGCCCAAGAACCCUCAGCCGCUCCACUGACCGGAGCUUCAGCCGCUUCGGAGGCGGCCCGGAGGCCUUCCUGGAGGCAGCGACCACGGAGCGAAUCGAACCCGAGGAGGACGUGAUGGGCUUCAAGUUCAGUGGCAGCGCGGGUUUCGGGGCAUCGAGGCCGAGCGGAGGCGGGCGCAAGGGCGGGCCCAGCAAGGGUGGUUCCAAGGGCGGUAAUCCCUUCGCGGCCUUCGAGCGCGAGUCGGCGCCAGGAUUCCCUUCCAUCAGAAACAUCGGCGGUGGACCCGGCUUCAGUGGAGCGAGCGGACCCGGCUUCAGUGGGGCGAGCGGACCCGGCUUCAGUGGGGCGACCGGACCCGGCUUCAAUGGGGCGACCGGACCCGGCUUCAGUGGGGCGACCGGACCCGGCUUCAGUGGGGCGACCGGACCCGGCUUCAGCGGCUCCUCCGGCUCGGCUACCUUCGGGGGCUCGCUCGGGGCGCCCUUUAACGGGCCCGUAGCGCCGGCCUACAGCAGCCCUCCCGGCACCUUUACCGGAUCCUUGACCCAGGGCGGAGCUAAGUUCGGAGCCUCGUUCAACCCGGGCUUCAGCGGCUCCACCAGCUUCUUCGGCGGCUCGCCUGGCGCCGCCCAGCCAGGCAGGCCCGGCUUCGGCGGCAACGCCGGCGGCUCAUUCCCCGCCCCCAAGACGCCCUUCUCGGCGGCCUUCCCGGGCGUCUCGGGCAACAUCAACUUCGACCCGAACGGCGGGAACAUCCAGUUCCCGCCGCCGUCGGGCCAGUUCCCGCCGUCGUCGAUCUUCCCGUCCAUAACGGAGGAGGAGAGCGGGCCCCUCGUGUUCCCGCAGGGCCCCGGCGAGGGCGGCGCCGGCCUCAACCUGCCCUUCACCAUCGACGACGAGCUCGCGGCGCUCCUCUUCGGCAUGCAGGAGGCGACCACGUCCAAGCCUCCCAUCCGCGUGACUUCUGCCGAGGACGAGAACAAGAUCUUCAGCGGCCGACAAGACGAUGGAGACGGCGAGGUGGAGCCGCCCAUUCUCACCAGGCCCGAGGUUAGACAAGGCUGUAACUCCAAGCCCGCACCGCCUGCCAACGGACGGACGGAGUGUGCCACGUACACCGGCUGUCGUUCAGUCUGCAACCCCGGGUACCAGUUCCCCAGCGGCGAGAGGAGGCUUUAUAUGACAUGCGAUAACGGGGAAUGGAAGCUCACCGGUAGCGUGUGGGAUACCCUGCCCGACUGCGAACCCAAGUGCAGUCCCCCGUGCGAGAACAAUGGCAUCUGCCUUGCCCCUGACAUGUGCCAGUGCCCCGAUAACUGGGAAGGAGACCAGUGCCAAAUACCCAAGGCAGCGCCGCCCAAGAAGUGCUCAAACAAACCACCGACGCCGAUGAACUCUAGGAUUUUCUGUAGUAAAGAUGAGUGCAGUGCCAGGUGCCACGAGGGAUACCACUUUGCCGAGGGAACGAACCGCCUCUCCUUCCAGUGUGAGAAUGGAGACUGGGUCAUCCAGGAUCCGCGCUGGACCGAGACCCCAGACUGCGAGCCUGCCUGUGACCCCGCGUGCGAGAACGGCGGCCGAUGCAUAGCGCCUGACCUGUGCGAAUGCACCGUCGACUUCCGAGGCGAUUUGUGCCAAUACCCGAUUUCGAACUGCGACCCCAAGAAACUGGGCUUCAACGGAGGCUACAACUGCUCGGGCGAAGGGAUGGACUUCGGCUGCGCCCUCUGGUGUUCCCCCGGCGUCGAGUUCGAGUUCCCCGCCGAGGACUUCUACAAGUGCGACUACGCCACGGGUCUCUGGUCGCCCACGCCCAUCCCCAACUGCGACUACGGCUUCCUUGUCGUGACUCCUGGAGCCCAAGACAUCUCUACAGGAACGUACCCUCCUGGCUUCGUCUUCACCACGACAGAGCAGAUCAAGAAGUCGCCGGGUGUGUGCUUCACCUGGUCGGGGUCUCACUACAAGUCCUUCGAUGGACGGGUUUACAGCUUCGAGAGCUCGUGUCCCUUCACCCUCCUGCAGGAUUCCACCCACGGCACCUUCAGCGUCAACCUCAAGUCCAAGGAUGACUGCACAGGCCCCUCGUGCUCCAAGGCCAUCCAGCUCUUCCUUGACGAUGAUGAAUACGUCCUUCAGAACACAGAGUCCGGCCAGCCGAGCCUCGAAUACCAUGAGACGAACCUCGCUAUUCCGGGCCAGAUGAACGGCGUCGUGUCCGAACGCGUGGCUCACUACGUCGUAGUCAAGGUCGCCGGAAUCGGACUCACCCUCAAGUGGGAUAUGAAGAACACAGUCAUAACGGAAGUGAACGAGCUGCUUUGGAACAGGACUUCUGGACUCUGUGGGCGACGAGACGGCAACAGGGAGAACGACUGGGGUUAUUCCGAUGGCAGAACAGAGGAUAGUUUGAGUAACUUCCUCCAAGCUUGGCAGUCGAAGACCAUUGGUGACCGGUGCCUCGGCCAGCCCAUGAUCAAGAACCCUUGCGGACGCCGACCUGUCUCCUCAGAAGCCACGAAUUUCUGUUCGAGGCUUCGCGAUGACCCCAAGUUCGAACCCUGUCGCCAGGUGGUGGACGUUGACCCGUUCGUAACUGCCUGCAAAUGGGACUACUGCGGCUGUGAGAGUGACAAGCGGGAGGACUGCGCGUGCGAGUCCUUCUCCGCCUUCUUCAGGGAGUGCACUAACCAGGGCGUCGACCUGCCCGGAGGAUGGAGGGCCCCCGAUCUCUGCCCGAUGGAGUGCGAGCGCGGCAUGGAAUACAACCCUUGCAUGUCCGCCAUCCAGCCCCGCUGCGGCCAGCCCUCCGACAACCUGCGCCCGGAGUUCUGCGUCGAGGGCUGCGACUGCCCCUCCGGCCUCCUCCUCCACAACGGCAAGUGCAUCCGCGCGGAGGACUGCCCCUGCACCUUCCACAAUAAGGAUUAUCAGCCCGGAGAGACGAUCCCUAACGACUGCAAUACAUGCACGUGCUUGGGCGGGGCGUGGGUGUGUACUGAGGUCAAGUGUGGGUCUCGAUGUGCCGUGGUGGGCGACCCCCAUUACACUACCUUCGAUGGCCGACGUUACGACUUCAUGGGGAAGUGUUCCUACACGUUAGUCGAGGGCGCUGACUUCACCAUCGAGGCGGAGAAUACACCUUGUGCCGGCGCCUUGUCAGAGGAGCAGUCAGAGGAGCCCAGGGGUGCACGCAUUACAAAAACUAGCAUGAACUUCCCCGCGUCGGUCGUGAGCCAGUUCCCCUCCUGCACGAAGUCGGUCACCGUGCGUCUUCAAGGAACCGUCAUUCGCCUCAAGCAGAAGCGGGAGAUUACCGUUAACGGCGUCGAAGUUAAGGACUUGCCUAUGUGGAUCAACGGCGCUUACAUCAAGAGGGCGUCCAGUCUGUUUAUCAUGGUCGAACUGGACAACGGCAUCGACGUGUGGUGGGACGGCCAGGCCGGCGUGUACGUCGACGCGCCCGCCGACUUCCGAGGCGAGGUGGCGGGUCUGUGCGGCACCUUCACCGAUAACCAGAGGGACGAUUUCCUGACUCCUGAAGGGGACGUCGAGAACAACCCUAUUGCUUUUGCCAACAAGUGGAAGAUCUCGGAGAAGUGUCCAGACCAGCCCUUAGCGGAGGAAAGUCGCCCCUGUGAUCGCCAUGUGCAGAACAAGGCCGUGGCGGAGAAAUACUGUGCGAAGAUUAAGUCUGGACUUUUUGCAAAGUGCCACUUGGAGGUCGACCCCGAGCCCUACCACCGCAAUUGCUUGUAUGACAUGUGUUCGUGCGAGACCAAGCUGGACGGCUGCCUGUGCUCGACGCUCGCCUCCUACGCCAAGGAGUGCGCUCGGAAGGGCAUCCUGAUCGACUGGCGCGCUGAGAUUCGCGAGUGCGGCGUGCACUGCACCGGCGGCCAGAAGUACCAAGUCUGCGGCAACAGCUGUUCGCACACUUGCCUCGACCUGGCAACGAACCCGGAUUGCAAGAGGAAGUGCGUCGAGGGCUGCAAUUGCCUCGACGGCUUCUCCCUCGACCAAGAUGGCAUCUGCGUGCCCGUCACGGACUGCCCCUGCGUGUUCGAGUCCAAAGAGUACAAGCCGGGCUACGAGAUGCUUCAGCGACAGCCCGACGGAAGCGACAUGGUCUGCGAGUGUUUCAACGCGGGAUGGAACUGCUGGGAGCCUCGAGAUAACGACACAGCCACCAAGCCUCCUCAAGUGCAGUGCGCCGAACACUUGCACGAGGUUUACACUGACUGCAUGCCCGAGCAGGAGAACACGUGUCAGACGAUGCACUUGCGCUCGAUUCCUGGGGACCUCUGCCGCGCCGGGUGUGUGUGUGGCGCGGGCUUCGUCAGGGACACCGAUACGGGCACCUGCAUUAAGCAUAGCAACUGUCCUUGUCACCACGGAGGAAGGUCGUACUCGGAGGGAGAGAUCAUCGUCGAGGAUUGCAACACCUGCGAAUGCGAAGGCGGCCAGUGGGUAUGUACAGACCAACAGUGCCCGGGCAUCUGUUCCGCAUGGGGAGAGUCACACUACAAAACCUUCGACGGGCGCAUGUACGAAUUCCACGGCACCUGCGAUUACCUGCUUGCCAAGGGGAAGUCUCAGAGGAGUGACAGCUUCGAAGUCACGGUUCAGAACGUCCCCUGCGGUACAAACGGCGUGACGUGCGCAAAAUCCGUCACCCUGAGAGUGGGUUCCGGGAACACGCAAGAGACUGUGGAAUUCUCUCGCAAUAAACCUACGCCGACCAAGAACUUGACCCGCACCAUCAUUCGGGAAGCUGGGGUGUUCGCCUUCGCUGAGGUGGCCGAUAUAGGCCUAGUUUUGCAGUGGGAUCGUGGCACCCGGGCCUACCUGCGCCUCGACCCGUCGUGGAAGGGCAAGGUUCGUGGUCUCUGCGGAAACUACAAUGACGACGAACAGGACGAUUUCAAAACACCUUCGGGAGGCUCCAGUGAGGUCUCGGUUCGGAUAUUCGGAGACUCGUGGCGACUCCAGAACUACUGUCCGGAUAGCGUCCUUAUCAAGGAUACGUGCAGCCUCCACCCGCACAGGAAGGUGUGGGCGUCCGAGCAGUGCGCCGUCCUCAAGUCCGAGACGUUUACGCCGUGCCACUCCGAGGUGCCCGUCGAGCCCUAUCUGGAGAGGUGCCAGUUCGACGCCUGCGGUUGUGACACGGGCGGUGACUGUCACUGCCUCUGUACCGCCGUGGCCGCCUACGCCCAUGAGUGCAACAUCCAUGGCGUGUACAUUGCGUGGAGGACGCCCGAUUUCUGCCCCAUGCAAUGCGACGUCGACUGCGAGCAUUACGAGUCGUGCAUUCCGACCUGCCCGCACGAGACCUGCGACACCCUCAUGGACCCGGCGUCACCUCUGUGCGUUCAGGAUGCGUGUGUCGAAGGAUGUGCUAAGGACGUGUGCCCCCCCGGCUACGUGUACAAGAGUGCCAGUGACGUCGAGUGCGUGCCUAAGGCCGACUGCGAGAAGAAAUGCCUCGAGAUUGACGGUGAAGUCUACAUGGAGGGUGACGUCAUUUCUGAGGACGACUGCCAUACCUGCGUGUGCACGAGGAAGAAGAAGAUCUGCCGCGGCACGCCCUGCGCCCCUACCACCACGCCCAUGGUCUCCCCGCGAGUCACCACGCCCUCGCCGUCUCCCGCUGUGACGACGCCCUCCCCCCCCGGCGUCACUCCCGAAGAGGGCGAGUGCAGGGACGGCUGGAGCGAGUGGGCGAGCGACGACAAGCCCAUCGUUUUCCGCAAGAAUUCCGACGCGGAGAUGAUCCCCGCCAAGAUCAAGCAGGGCAAGCCAGGCCAAGGUUUCUGCGACCGAAGCCAAGUGACGGACAUCCGGUGCAGGAGCGUAGGGACGCACCGCCCCCACACGGAGCAGAGGGGCGUCAGGUGCUCCGUGGACGAGGGCCUCCUCUGCCGCGGCCGAGACGAUGCCCAGGCAGACGAAGCUUGCUGGAACUACGAAAUUGCUGUCCUUUGCGACUGUAGCAUCGUCACCACACCGGCCCCUCCGGUAACUACGCCCGCCUCCCCCUUCACGCCGCCCAUCAUUUCUACGCCCGUUGUACCCCCUGUGACUGCCCCGACCCCCAUGACCUGCGAGGAAGAAGGCUGGUCGAGUUGGUACAAUAUUCAUUUCCCGGAUGCCAGCGGGGAGUUCGAGUCUGUCGACGAAAUCAGGAAGAUCAAUGGCAUCUGUCCCGACCACUAUGUCUCCGAAGUUGAGUGUCGUCCUGUAGGAGGCGGCGACGUGGAGGCGGUGGUGACGUGUGACAAGAAGGGCGCGCGAUGCCGGAAUAGUGGUGGAAAGCGCUAUUGCAAGGACUACGAAAUCCGAGUGCGUUGCGAGUGCGAGUGCCAGGACGGACUGGGCAUGCAAGAUUGGCGAAUCCCCAAUGACCGCAUCACCGCCUCCUCCGUUCUGGACCCCGACGGCAAUCCCCAAUCAGCUCGUCUCUUCGCGGAUUGGGCUUGGACUGCUCAGGACGUGAAUCAGAAUGACCAGGAAGCCAUUCAGAAGGAGUGGUUGCAGGUGGACCUCGGCGAAGUGAAGGAAGUGACCGGAGUGGUGACGCAGGGACACCCGCUGUUCAACUUCUACGUGGAGAGAUUCGCCGUGCAGUUCUCCGAGACGGGGCUCAAGUGGGACAGUGUGAAGAGCGCGGACACGUCUUAUGCAAUGCAAUUCACCGGCAACACAGACCAGGACACGCCGGUCACCAAUCUGUUCCCUGAACCCGUGUACGCCCGUUAUAUCAGGGUGGUCCCUCUGCAGUUCUACCAGGCCAUUUCUCUCAGGCUCGAACUCAAGGGCUGUGACGUCAAAGAAACGACGACUGUUCCAACUUGGCCUCCCGUGCCCGAAACAACGCCCGUACCCGUCUGCACAGAUGGAUGGACGGAAUGGAUGAACACCCACACACCCAGCCCUGGAGAUUGGGAUGACCUCGAUGACCUGACCUCCUUAUCGGCCAAGUACAGCUUCUGCCAGGCCCAGUACAUCGUCGAUACCCAGUGCCGCGUGGUAGGCCUGAAUCAGCCGUAUGAUCUCGCCGGGCAGAAGGGCAUCAUUUGCAACAUCAAUAAUGGUCUGCAAUGCAAUGACGACUUGCAGGCUCCUGAACACUGCUACGACUACGAGGUCCGCUUCUUCUGCGACUGCGGCCUUGCAACGACGACCGACGGGGGCCUUCCCGCCGCCCUUCCCGCCCGCGACGACCCCCCCGCCCGUCGCCACGCCCCCGCCCAGGAAGGAGUGCAGUGUGUGGGACGAGCAGAUCAAACCCCACGAGACAGACUGCAGGAAGUUUUACGAGUCUUAUAUUACCAUUUGUGCGCCCGGACGAGGACUGGAGGGGCGGAGUACGUGGAGAAGGAGUGCGGCGUCGGUACCUUCUUCCAUCCCAGGCUCAAAGUGUGCGACUUCGAGGGUAACGUCGCCCUUGAGAAACCCGAGUGCAAGCCCAUACCCCCGAAGAUCUCCGAGCCUUCCAGCACCACCCAGGAGCCGACGAAGCCCGAGCCCUGCACCGAGGACUUCUGGACCGAGUGGUUCAACGUCUCUCACCCCGAGACGGAUAGCGGCGACAUGGAGACCUUCGAGAAGAUCCGGGAGGAGGGUUUCGACAUCUGCGACGACAUGUACAUCAUGGACAUCGAGUGCCAGUACAGCAAGGUGACCGAAGUGCCCGGCGACAGUUCGAAGGGCGGGUACAAGGGCGGGAGGAAGGGCGGAAGGAAGGGCGGACGGCGAGGCCCUCCUGAGCGCAUCGUGACCCCGAGCGACUACACCACCAGUAGGGACGUGAGGGUUACCUGUUCUCGCGAGUUCGGCCUCACCUGCUUCAACUCCCACCAGCGCUUCAGGUCCAAGUGCGAGGACUACGCCAUCAGGGUCCUGUGCUCGUGCGAGGCCACGAGACCGACGCCACCGGCCAAGGAAGUCACCACAGCUUACACCGAUGUCCGCGAAUCCACAGUCGUCACUACGCCGGCGACGUCUGUGUACCAAUGUCCUUUCGGCACACGGUACGAGCCGAACGCAAUCCGGUGCGAUCGAGUGUGCCUCAACUACCUGUACGUGUUGAAGCAGGCCGGAGAGUGCCAGAGAGACGGAGAUUUCGCCCCAGCCUGUGUGAACAUCACCUCCCCCGUGGCCUGUCCUGGAAACCAGUACCUGAGAGACAAAUCGACGUGUGUUGACAUCCAGGACUGCAACUGUCGGCUUCCCAACGGCAUGGUGGCGCCGCCUGGUCGAGUUUUCAGAGUGACUGAGUGUGAGGUAUGUCAGUGCAAUAAAAAUUACCUCAUGUGCGACUCGUCUCUGUGCCUCACCGCCCUCCCUUCGAUCAAGGAAACUGAGGAGCCAAUCUUUAAGUGCAACGAAUGGACUUCUUGGCUCAGUUCCUCCAACGCCAGCGACGGGAACGAUGUCGAGCUCCUGCCUGAACUGAGGAAGACUUACCCGGAAUUGUGUUACUAUGCGCAAAAGAUCGAGUGUCGCGUCAAGGGAUCUAACGUCUCGGCACUGACAACUGGCCAGAAUAUUGAAUGCAAUCCCUUCAAAGGUCUGAUUUGCAAGAAGGAUCGGAAUCCACGAGGCUGUCUGGACUACGAAGUGAGAUUCGUGUGUGACUGCACAGAGUACACCGACUUACACGCGGGCGAACUCACGGAACCGACAACGACUCCCACCACGACAUACACAUCCUCCCAUUUCGCCAACGUUACUACUACGCUGAUACCCUACAUGGACCAAUGUGUUGACGACAAGAAAUACGUCAAGUGUGCCUUGCCAUGUGACAGGGUGUGCAUGUACUAUAAACAGAUCUUGAGACAAAAUGGAUUCUGCGAACUUGACGGUGACUGCGCCCCAGGAUGUCUCGAGAAGGAACAGGCCAUGAUGUGUCCGCCAGGGUUCUACAUGCUCGAUACUAACAAGUGUGUAGCUGUUGCAGAUUGCAACUGUCGCUUGGCCAAUGGGAUGGCUUUGCCGGCUGGUGAAUGGUACAACGUCUCACCCUGUGAACGUUGCAUGUGUCAAAACAACAACUUACUGUGUGAUCGCAAUCCAUCCUGUGUUGACGUGACGACCGUGGAGCCAAUCAUCUCGACGAGGAAGGAUGUUACCGUUGAAGCCACGUCCAUACCGGAGAUUUCGUUCCAGUGCAACAACUGGUCGCCUUACUUCAAGAAACACAAGACUAGCGAGGGAGUUAUCAUUACGCUGGACAUGGUUAAGGAGAACAUCGAAUUUCCUUGUGAUAUUCCUCUCAAUGCCUCUUGUCGGGAAGCGUCGUCCAAGCUCCACGCAGCCAGUUUAGGCCAGGCUGUGACUUGUGAUCCAAUUGACGGCCUUAGAUGUAUAAACCUUGAGAAUGAUAAGGACUGCUAUGACUACGAGAUUUCCUUCUUCUGCGAGUGUGAGGAAGGCAGCACCGUCAGCCCUCCGGAAACCACUCUCGGCCCCGUGGUAACCCUGGCUCCCUGCGACGCCUGGUCCCCCUGGGUCAACCAGUUCAGACCAUGGCAAGGGGACUUGGAGAUCGAGUACAUGUCACUCCAGCAACUGCAAGACGUGUACGGAUUCUGUUUGGAGGGCCAGCUGGCGGACAUCGAGUGCGUAGAAGCGGCCACGGGACAGAGCGUGGCAGCAGACAGGGGCACCAGUUGCGACGUACGAUACGGCUUCAGCUGCAAGAACUCCGACCAGGACCGCGGCCGUUGCCUCGACUACAAAAUCAGAUACUACUGCACUUGCGAGACCACGACCGUAAUAACGACCACCUUUGUGCCGCCGUUCGCUACUCCUCCCACCGUGUGCGACCCGGACAAGUACAUCCACCUGUUGAAGAAUGUGGAUGACAGUGCCUUCUCCUCCACCCGCGCCCGAAACUCCUUCUUCGGUCCAGCCAACGCCCGCCUCUAUAACGACGACGGUUCUCUUAACACCAAGAGUUGGAGUCCGUACAUCAACGACCAGAACCAGUACGUGCAGAUCGACCUUGGUUCGGUGCAACCUCUUUACGGGCUGGAGAUGGGCGGAAACCCCACCACGAGGGAGAGGGUCACCGCCUUCCGAGUGCAGGUUUCCGACGAUGGUUCCACCUGGAGUUAUGUGACCUCCGACCCCGAUAACCCCAAGAGUGCACCCAAGGACUUCCGAGGGCCUGUCAGUCCUUCGGCGCCACAGAAGCAGAUGUUCGACAAACCGAUUGAGGCUCGAUACGUCAGGGUAAAUCCGACGGUGUGGGUGCGGUCUAUCUCUAUGAGAUUCGAGGUCAUUGGCUGCGAACUCCCGACGCCGGUGCCCUUCUAUACGACGCCCAGAACACCGGAGUGCGAGGAGCCCAUGGGUGUGGAGAACGGAGAACUUUCCCUCCUGCAGAUUACGGUUUCUUCUGUCCUCAACGACGACGAGUUAUAUUACGGCAAAAAAAACAUUCGUCUCGACUCUAAGCCUGAGUUCUAUACCGCCGCCGGGGCUUGGGUCGCGCAGCCGAAGCCCGAGCAGUUUGUGAGGUUUGACUUCCUGGAACCGAGCAAGAUCUCCGGAAUAAUAACGCAAGGACGCUCAGACGCAGACGAAUGGGUAGAAUCCUUCACAGUUCGAUAUUCACAGGACGGCAAGAGUUGGAGUACGCUGCAGGAGCCGGAUGGGACGGAAAAGGUAUUCAUCGGUAACUACGACCGAAAUACACCCCUCGAGACCAAAUUCGAUCAGCUGAUUCAGGCCCGCUACCUGGAAGUCAGACCCGAGACCUGGAACUCAAACAUCGCCAUGAGACUGGAUGUCCUUGGCUGCUUCCACCCCUAUCCCGAAAUCACCACGACGCCGCAGCCCGAGGAGACGACGACCCUCCCGCCGCCCCCUGCGUGCACGCCCUGUCCUGGCCUUCCGGAGGAGUUCUACGACCGCUGCGCCUCCUGCUCCUCCGGCAGGUUCUUCGACGGCAAGAGCUGCGUUCCGAAGGCCGUCUGUCCGUGUUACAAGGAUGGCCACAGCUACGACAUCGGCUCCGUCUUCGUAACGUCAGAUUGCGAGGAGUGUGAUUGUCUAGUGGGCGGCGUGUCCAAGUGCAAGGAGAAGACUUGCUCUCCGUGCAAUGAGAACGAGCAAGGCGUGUUGACAUCCUCCUGCAACUGCAUCUGCAAGCCGUGUCCCGAGGGCAUGAGACUCUGCCCCUCGAUCAACUAUUGCCUCAACGAGACGUCUUGGUGCAACGGCGUGAUUGAGUGCCCUGAGGACGAGCUGGAGUGCCCCUCGACAACUCCAGUAAUUCCAUCUCCGUGCCCUACGCCGUAUUGCCCCGACCACUGGGAGCUAACCGUGCGUUCGUCAGGAGGUUUGUGCCCGAUCGUCAAGUGCGAGCCGCCGGCGAAGACAACUCCCAUGCCAUGCCCGAUACCCUUCUGCCCGCCUCUCUACGAUAUCAGCCUCGUGCCCAAGAAGGGAGACGAGAUGUGCCCCAAGUACGAGUGCAUUCCGCCGUCGACCACCAUGGCGCCCCCUGAAUGCCCGCCCCUUCUGUGCCCCGACGGGUAUGAAGUCCAGACCUCAGAGGACAUCAUCCCGGAGAUGCCCUUCGGAGAGUGCCCGGAGUACCAGUGUGUGACCCCCAUGCCCCCCACCGCGCCCUGCCCACCGCCCACGUGCCCUCAGGGGUAUGAAAUUUUCUUCGCCGAUCCGAAAGCGCUGUUGGAGCUCUGUCCGCCGUACGAAUGCAUGCCGAUCGUCACAACCACCAUGUGUCCGCCGGUCGAGUGCGGAGAAGGCCUGCGUACCAUGUACAUCCACACGGCAGAGGGAUCCGCGUGUCCGCAGUACACGUGUGUCCAGGUCACUACGCCCUUGGCCAUCACGACGGAGCCUCCUGUGACGUGUCCUCCGAUGGAGUUGCCGAUUUGCAAGGCAGAUGAAGAACUCUACCAGGUUAACCCUAAUGAAAUGUGUCCACGCUUUGGCUGCAAGCCCUUCGGAAUGACGCCCACGCCCUUGCCCGAAGCGCCGAGGAACAUCACGCCCACUUGCAACGUUGAUGGGCGGACGUUCGAUUCCUUUGAUGAUUCGCACUACCAGAUCGAGCCCUGCAACCACAUCUUGGCCGAAGACAAGAUGAACAAGAACUGGGUGAUUUCAAUGCACCGCAACUGUUCCUACAGUGAUAGCUGUGAUCGCUACCUCAAGAUAACGCAGAAUGACCAGCAACUCGUUCUUAAGCCUGACCUUCAUAUAGUGUGGGACGAAAACUCUUACACCGUCUCACAGGCCCAGAGGAUUGGCUCUUCCCAGAACACCUUCACUGUGUCACGUGUGGGCGACUCCAUCCGUUUCAGCUCCAGUGUUUACAAAUUCAACGUCGAAUGGAAUACUGAAAUGAACGUCAGGAUUGAGCUGGACGCGGAGCUCCUGAACCGAGUGGACGGUCUGUGCGGCUUCUACACUGGCUACGACCACGACGACAAAACGAAGCCCGACGGCAAGCUCGCGGCGACCAUGAAGGACUAUGGCAAGUCGUGGGCUCUGGACGACCAGCCCUGCGAGGAGAAGCCCAAGUGCAGCGUCGCGCAGUCCGCCCAGUCCUUCAUUCUGUGCGAGGCCAUUCGAAACGACCCCUUCACCAAGUGCCAUUCGUCAGUGGAUCCCUCCGUCUUCAUGAAGGGCUGCGUGGCCAGCACCUGCGACUGCCUGAGGGAGGGCAAGGACAUGGAGGAGUGCCGGUGCCAGGCCCUCACCCACUACGUGACCCGCUGCCUCGAGACGGACUCCACUAUCAAACUGGACGACUGGCGCAUCGUCACGAAGUGCUACAAGGAGUGCGGACCGGGCGAGAGGUACCAGGACUGCUUCCGCGCAACCUGCGAGAAGUCGUGCGAGAACCUGCAUGACGACACGGCUUGCUUGGAGCGCGAGGGGUCGUGCGUGCCCGGCUGCUUCUGCUCGCCCGGCCUCGUCCGCAAGGGAGAACGCUGCGUGAACCCCGAGAAGUGCGGAGACUGUGUGUGCGAGGGCUACGGCGACCCGCACUACCAGACCUUCGAUCGCCAGAACUACACCUUCAACGGCGAGUGUUCGUACGUGGCCGCGAGGGACAAGAACGUCCGCGGCCAGCAUGCUUUCCAGGUGAUCACCCGAAACAAGCAGUGCACAAUACAGCCUGUGACCGUGUGCACCGACGCCGUUACUGUACUCUACAAGGACCACACCGUUUUCAUAGAAGCCUUGGGAGAGGACGCCGUCAGUGUGACAGUGGACGGCGAAAACAUCCCUGCUUUCCCCUACCGAGAUUCCUGGCUUGCUCUGGAACAACCCGAUCCCAAGCAGGUCAUGGCAGCCAUCUCGGAGAUUCAGCUGGAAGUCAACUUCUUCUUGGAGAAUUACGGCUUUUCGGUCAAGGUUCCGUCGAGACUCUACUUCAAUAAGACUGAGGGACUCUGCGGUAAUUGCAAUUUCAAGGACGACGACGACUUCGUAGCGCAAGGGACGGGUCUGGUCGAGUCUUCAGACGUCUUCGGGAGAAGUUGGUUGCUCGACGGCGAACCUUCAACCUGCGGCGUCUUGGAGAAGGACACGACCAGCUGCAUCCCUCUGCCUCCAGACGAGGACCCGUGUCUGCGCAUCAUGGACGAAAGUCUAUUUGGAAAGUGCCAUCCUGUAGAAGACCCAGUACCUUAUGUCUCGUCCUGUAUCAUGGAUGCCUGCGGAAGCCGAGAGCCUGAAGUGGCAGCGUGUCACAGUCUGGAGGCCUAUGCUCGCCGCUGCGCCGAGCUGGACAUCUGCCUCAACUGGCGCUCGGAGGACCUGUGCCCGAAGACCUGCCCAGACACCCUCGAGUUCAGACCUUGUGGGCCUGGCUGCGUUCGAACGUGUGAGAAUUACGAAGAACUGAACGAAAAUCCAGACGCGUGUCCGAUUUCUCCCGUGGAUGGCUGCUUCUGUCCGGAUGGCAUGGUGUUGGAUAACGGCACCUGCAUUAACGAGACCUUCUGUACCACCUGUGACAACGAAGGACAUCGCAUCGGAGACUCGUGGAAGACCGAUCCUUGCACCACCUGCGAGUGCACGAUGAGAGGGAGUGUGUGCAGUAAGAAGGCUUGUCCGGACAACCCCAUUUGCGACGAGGGGUAUGAAGUCGUUGAGGUUCCCGGCACCGGCGACGACUGCUGCGGCCCCAGGAAGAAGUGCAGGGUCGUGCAGAAGAUUGACUGCCCGGACGUCGUGAAGCCCAAGGAGGAGUGCGGCUACGGCCAGAGGCACAAGCUGAUCGAGGCCCCUGGCGUGUGCCCUCAGUACGCCUGCGUGUGCGUGGAGGCCAAGGACUGCCCCGACGUCGAGCUGCCCAAAGACAGCGACCUCAAGCCAGGUGAGGAAUGGAUUCUGGAAGACAGUGGGUGUUGCCCGAGAUACAAGGCCGAGUGCACGGACGUCUGCCCGGAGAUAGAGUGCCCCGAGUUCUACGAGCCUGUCGAAAGGCCUCUGCAGACAGGGCAGUGCUGCCCCGAGGUGGAGUGCGAACCACCGACCGACGCCUGCAUCUACGAGAACAUUUACAUCGUGGACGCCACUGGCUUCCAGAAGAGCGUGGCACAGCCGACCGCCACCAAGAAGGGAGGCAGACCUCAGCUGCCUGAGCCAGAGAAGAAACUGUACAAGGUUGGAGAGACCUGGGAAGACGGUCUGUGUCUCAAGUGCCAGUGUACGCUGGACAGCACCAACAAACCCCGCCACACCUGCACAGAGCAGACUUGUCCCACGAUAGACACACACCCCGACCGCGGCCAAUUCCAACUGGACAGCCUGCAAGUGCCCGGCCAGUGUUGUCCCGACAUCGUGCGAACGGCGUGUAUCGACGACUAUGAGGUUGUUGCUAUCGGAGACCGGCUGGACGAUCCAUUCAACGGCUGUCGUAGCGUGGAGUGCGUGAGGAACCCCGAAGGCAAAGUGGAUAAAGUGGAGCAGAUCCACACCUGCGACGAGAACUGUCCACUUGGCUGGGAAUACGAACCGUCGCCUCUGUUCCCGCAAGUGUGCUGUGGCGAGUGUGUGCAGGUGGCGUGUGUCGUGGACGGCGAAGUGAAGAACGUAGGCGAGACUUGGGUGUCUGAUGACUUCUGCACCACCUUCACCUGCUCCAAAAACAGCGGCAGUCAGAUCCAGAUCCAGGCGGUGGAGGCGCAGUGUUCGGAGCCGAGUGCCAAGGACCGCGAGAAUUACGUGUACGAGGAGAAGCGCGUGCCCGACCAGUGCUGUGCCCUCUACACGCGCACCGCCUGCCUCAUGGAUGGCGUGCCCGUCCAGGCCGGCGAGAGUGUCCAGGACCCGUUGGACAACUGCCUGACCGUGACCUGUGACCUGGCCAGCGACGGCAACGUGACCCGGCGUGAGAAGGAGACCACGUGCGACACCGAAUGCGCUCUCGGACAGACCUUCAUCGAGCCGAUCGAGGGAAGCAACGACUGCUGCGGCAAGUGUCUGGUCACGCACUGUGUGGACGACGGCAUAGCGCACCCUAUCGGCGAGCGGUGGGAGAGCGAGAGUGACAUCUGCUACGAGUACAGCUGCGAGACGAGGGACGAUGUCCUUACCACCGUGGCUGUUAAGAAGGACUGUCCUUAUUUCGACCCCGAGUGCCCGCUCAACGAGAUCUACAUGGACGAGAAAGGAUGCUGCCAGUUGUGCAACGUGACGCGACCGGUUAAGAGCGAUUGCAAGCCGAACCCAAUGCCCUUGGUCGACACGGUGGGUAUCUUCACGCUGACGGCCAGGAGUGUGGGCACGUGCAAGAACCCCGAUCCCGUACCCGGCUUCAACAUAUGUUCCGGACACUGUGAUUCGUUCACGAAAUUUGUUGCAGGUCGCAGAGCCGCCCACAUCUCGACCUGCUACUGCUGCAAGCCCGCCCGCUUCGAGAAGAUUCGAGUGGACAUGCGCUGCGACACCGGCUACGCCUUCGCCCGCGUCUACGACAACAUCGUGGAGUGCGAGUGUCUUCGCUGCGACGACAACAGUCCGGACUACAUGGGCGACGAACCGAUCCUCGACGAUGCGGAGUUCUUUGCCAUCACGGCGGAACCCAUUGAUGUCUAAGGACCCACUCUUUCCCUCUGAAAUCUCUCUCCUUUCUUUCUUUUUCUCCCUCCUUUCUUUCUUUUUCUCCCUCCUUUCUUUCUUUUUCUCCCUCCUUUCUUUCUUUUUCUCCUUCUGCUUUUCGCCUCUUGCAGUUGUCCCCUUUUUGCUCACCUUUCCUUCACACUCCAUCUCCUUCUUCUGUCGUUAUCUUUCUGUCUUCUCCUGGUCUUUCUCUUUCUUCCUCUCCCACUUCUCUCUUUCUCAUUCUCACUCCGCUUCCUUCAUCUGUCCUUUUCUUUCUCCCUUCUCCCAACUUUUUUAUUUUCUUUCUCCAUCUUCCUGUCUCAUUUCUUCCCUUUCUCUUCCUCACUUCACCCCGUUCACCUGCUAUUCCCUUUCUCCCUUCUCCCAUCUUUAUCCUUCCUUUCUCCUUCCCACUACUCGACUCCCCACGCGACCACACUGACCUGUUCCCGCCUUUGCCUCUCGCUGCCCUGAGAUCUCUUGGCCGAUACUUCAGAACAUUCGCUCAGUCCCGACGAGGAUAUUGUAUAAAUAUUAAAAAAAUAUAUAUAAUUUAAAGAGAACAGUGUAAUGUAAAAGAGAUUCCCGGCCAGAAUAUUGGUGACAGCAAAGAGGAAAAAAGACCACCAACCUCUUAAUAGAUAUGCCAGCAGACCUCCCCCGAUGCCGACCGACCGAUCACGACGAUAGCGAACAUUUUGUAAAUAUUUACAUUUAUAAUCACGUUUUGCAAGAAUCAAAUAAAAAUAAUGCAAAAAAAAAUGCUUGAGCAGUGAAAAAAGUACAAAAAAUAUUCCAGCACUGAUAAAGUGUUAUAACCCUAUCAAUAAAAGGAACACGUA